CAAAAUGGCGGUGACAAUUUGAGUAAAAUUGACUUGACUAACAAUUUAUUUACGAACAAUUUACCUGUUAUUACUAGAGAUUUUCCAGAUAUAAUAAUGUAUCAUGGGAUUCCAGCUACUUGGUCCGUCCAACAUGAUUGGGUGAAAAAUUGAUUAAAAGAAAUAUCAGCUGUAACUAUUUACUAUGGAUGAUAAUUUAAUGAAAUAUAUUGAAAGACAAAGUCGUAAUCUUGACAGUCGGGAAGAGACUAUUGUGAAGAUGGCGGCUGCAUGUCAGUAUGUCUCAUGUAUCCGUUUUAAUGGGAUACCAAUAUUACCACCAGUACUGACAGGGAAGAAGAAAGAUGAAAUGAUGAGCUAUAAGCAUCAAGCUGUACUUGUAGAAAACAAAUUAAAAGCUAAACAAAGAGAACGUUUAAUGGCUAGAGCAGAACGAGUUGUUAAAAAUACACAGGCAUCUGAAAGUGUCAGGGUUAAAGACGGGAAUACUGAAGUUAGUAAAACUACACCGAAAGUCGAGGACAAACCACCUAGUGAUCCAACUCAAGGCAUCAGUGAAAACACACAAUUUAAAGAAACCCUAGAUUCACUUUCUUCAGGACUUAUGUCUUUAGAAGAUGGUUCAUUGCCAACCGAUUUUUAUGGUCUACCUUGUACCUCUGUGCAUGAAAAACAGAUAUCUCGUGUUCUUCAAAAACUUUCAAAACAACUGAAUCUAAAAGACACAUUAGGUUCUACAGGGGGAAGUGAAGCAAAUGAAAAUCCAUCCGAUUCAACUUUAACAGCUGGUCGUGUUCCCGAUGCAGGAUCGGAAGAUAGUUCUAGUGGUUUUAGAGAUAGUCAGGACACUGUUGUGGAGGUUUUAAGAGACACUCGUAAAAAUAAGCCAUCUGCAAUUAAUAUUGAAUGUUCUGACGAAAGUGCAUUGAAUAAAGAUUCUCCCUCGCGUGGAUAUAUUAGUGGCGAAUCAUCAGCUGUCAGUUCUGCUAACACGUCUGCUUCAGAAAGAGCCAGAGGUAGUCCCAAAUCCCUUAAAAAUACUGUGCAUUUUUCUGAAUUUGUUAAAGUUUUGAACACAAAUCGGUCUGUUGAAGACAAUAUUACCGUAAAGAGAUUAGAAGAAACAAAACCCGAAAAUUCUCCUAUCAAACCCAAAUUAAAACCAAAAGAGAAAAAGGAAUCUCCCGAAUCAGAUUCCAAAAGCCAUAGUCUAUUGAGUCAGGUGAUUUUGAGUCCCGAAGAAGAUGUUCCCACCCCCUCCCCUGAUGCAGUCAUUGACAUCCCUUUUCAAUCAUACAGAGAAUCCCCAAGUAAAGCAGAAGUAACAGAAGACGAAAAAGUCAAACCAACCAACAAGCCAAAAAGCUGUGCUUCGCCAAAACUCAAAUCUAGGAAAGAUUCUGAAACCGACUCUGAUGUUUCGGAGAAAAAAUUUUCACAAUCAAACAUCAGGCGAAGCAGCAGCUUGAGAUCAAACAGGUCAAGAAAUUCUAACCAAUCAAUGUAUCAAUCACAAAGUACUUCUACAUCGGCUCAGUCAGGGAGUGAACUUGGCCGCACAUCUCAACUUAAUUCUAGUCAAACUACUGAACUGAUGAACACUGAUGACUCAAAUAUGCUCUCAGUGCAGUCCUCUGGACCCUUGUCGCAAACAGCUACAACAGUAUCAUCAGACACAUAUAGUCAAAAUAACAGUACAUUAAAUACUAACGAUACUAUAGGCAUUAGCUCAUCAAGUGCAAGUCAAAGACAAUUCACAAAUACAACCGAUUCUCAAAUAUCGGCAAAGUCUGAUUUUUCUCUCAGAACUUCAGAUUCAGGAAGUACGUUAAAGGCUGAACAAGAAUCUAAAAUUGUUGGAAGCAGUACAGGAAGUUCUAAUUUGUAUAAAUAUAUGAGGCAUUUAGAAGGAACGUUGGAGAGUUCACCAGAUAAUGACUGUAGAAAAUCAGAAUCUGUUUCUGUUUUAGAGAGUAGCGAAAGCAAUCUCGUUAAUGGAGGUAUUUCUCAUGUUGGUAGAAAGGGGCAUGUUAGAAGGGGAUCUUAUACAUUAGAAACCCCCUCUCCUGUUUUAAUACAAGCUCAGUCUAGAAUAGAACAAAAUGGAGGAACGGUUGUAGGAGUUGAAUCGGUGGUUAAUCCAGUUGCGACGAUCGCAGAUACUAGCAUCAAUAAACCUAUACAACGAAAACUGGAUUAUGAGGAUGACCUUGAAGAUACCAGGCCCAUUAGUCUACCAAUUCCCCCAGGACCUGAGUCAGUCGGAAAGGUAGAGCAUAUCAAUAAAUAUCUAAACCAGGUACAAAAACACAAUCAAAAUGAAAGUUCACAUCCAAAAACAACUGUCUCAAUAACAAAAGAACAAUAUCCGUCACUCACGGGCACUGAGGCUGAGUUAUUUUUGAAAAAAAUUCAAGAAACAUCCAAUUUAUCAGAAGAAGAAGCUUUCUCAUUACACAAAGAAUAUUUUGAAACUUUGAAAAAUGGAUUAUUGGAACAACAGAGAAGCGAAUUAGAGGAACUGUUUGUUCAUCAGAGACGCGAACAAAUUAAUCUCCAAUCAGAAAUAAGCAACCACCAGCAACAACAAAAAAUAAUAGAUGAACAAGUUCUGGUUAAAAAACCCAAAUCAAGACAUCAACCUUCUAAUAUUAGUGAUUAUGAACAAGAAAUCAAAGAUUCCUCCUUUUUGUCUAGUUCAAGUCUGUAUCUGAAUGGCCGACAAAAUAGAUCUACCGGUACAAACAAAAAUACACCAAAACAGAAUCUGAUAUAUCCACAGACUUCUACACCUAGUCCUAAAGUUUUCCGUCCUGUAGUACGAUCUCCUGUCAAAUCACAAUCAAUAAAUAUACCAAAAUAUCCAAUUAGACUUCCACCAGAUUUAAAUGAUGUUGAAACUCAGUUGAAAUUUUAUAAGGUGACAGCAUUAGCUAAAGGUUUUCUAACUAGAAGAUUAUUUCAUUCAGAAAAAGUUCAAGAGUUGAUUAAGACUAUUCGAGAUACAAGAGAAUUUGCUUUCAGUUUUCAGUCUGAGACUCCAAUUAAAACAGGAACAUUUUCAAAUCAGGAUAGAAAUCUUCUAGAGAGAAUUAUAGCUCAGCUUGAGGCAGCAUUACUUGAUAUACAUGAGAUAUUUUUUAUAAUACCUAUCCCGGAAAAAAUGGAGUUGAUACAUCAGACUAGAAUAAAAGAGCAGCAGAAACGUUAUAAUGGGGCUUCAUCAACAAUGAGAGAUUCUGGAAGGAAAGUAAGUUCUGCUACAUUGAAGGCUAUGGAAAGGAAGAAAAAAGCACAAGAAGAAGAGGAAGCUGGAUUUAAUAAUAGACCUAAAACAGCUCCUGCUACAAGUAGUCCUAGAACACAUGCUGUUGAUUUAAGGGCAUUAAAACCACUACAAGGUAUGAUAUCACCAAUCAGAUCAGAUGAAAGUUCUUCUAAUACAAAAAGAAACAGACAUGGAAGUAAAGAAAGACCAAAGACAGCACCAGAGAAAACCAACAACACAAAAGAACAACUGGCUUACAAAAAUAGGAAAAUUAGUACUGCUGUUCCAUCUAUAGUGAAAACCAACAAAACGCCAAUAUCUAAUACUAAAUCAGCUACUAAAAUUAUUCGUAAAGUAAGCAGUAAGAGUAGUGAUAAAGCCUGGAGAUGAUCAGUGUGUGGAUCACAAUUAUAUGUUAUCUCUCUUGAAUAAGUGCUGUUUCAUUUGCUUCAUUUCUCAUCAACAUGUGGUUAUAUUGGGGAUUUCCCUUUUAUUAAAAAAAAUGAAAAAAAAAAAAAAAAAUGGAAAUACAGUACUGGCUACUCGUAUAAAAAACCAACUUAUUUAUUUGUGUUAACAUUGUUUAACAAAAAACAUUUCCGGAAUGGUGGAUAUAUCUUUGCUUCAACUUCAACUUCAGUGAAACACACUUUGCUCAAGAAUUAUUAGGGUGGUUGGAUGGCCGAAUGGUUUAAAGGGUGCACUUUAGAGAGAUCCUAUGGUUUGUCAUUGAUUUAGGUGUUGUGGUUUUGAUUCCCUGCUUGUACAUAGUUUUUCUUCAGGUAUUCUGGUUUCCUCCAACUGUUAACUAACUGUUAAAGACCCUAAGCGAAAGUGAAUUAUUGAAAUAAAAUCUUAGUCCUGAAAUGACUUAAAUUCCAUUUCCCUCUCUCUCUAUGAAGAAAUAUGUUAUAAGAGUUUAAAGGGGCAUUAUCACUUUCACCAAAUUCUGUAUAUCUGUAUAUAGCCUUAGACUCACCUAAUUGUCUGAAAAUCUUAACCAGAAAUUCUGAGUUUAUUACAGUCUGCCAUCUUUUGAUUUGGACUACGGAAUUGAGUGUGGAAAACAUAACAACGAAUGAACAAGUAAAUUAGAAAAGAGAAGUGUCUAUAGUAAGCAAUAUGUGAUAAAGGAAGGUUUCUGUAUAAUUUAAAUAAUGAAAAAAAAGUUUUUAUUUCAAUA